CGUUUUGCUCUCUGCUUUCCCGACUGUGAGUAAAUAUGGCCGAUGCUGAGUAGACAGAAAACAACGAAAAAGAAUGGAGAGGAGCAGAGAAGAGAAAGGAGAAGAGGAGAAGCAAAACCAAAACGAAAAUCGAAAAGGAAAAUCGUGCAAAGGAUUUCUUUAUUUCUCUUCUACUAUCAAAUCCCAAGAUCUCAACCCUCGUUGCAUCGGCAUUCGUCGUUCUCUCCCUCAAGUUUGGCGGAUUUUGGAGCAGUAACGGGCUAUGCUGUUGGACAAUCUGAGGCUGAACCUUCUAGGGAGAGGCGUGGCCUUGUGGAAUUUUACUAUGCUUGUGCUGGUUACUCCGUGUAUAUGAGCAGAAAUGAAGGUUCAGUUGAUGAGAAAGGGGAUAAACCUGAAUUGCCUGCUUGUCUCGGCUUUGAGUUUGUGGCAUAUAGGAGAACUCCUGCUGCUGGCACUGCUUCAGCCUCUGCUCAUGUUCAUAGCAGAGAAGAUAUCAUCAGUAUCAACUUUCAACAACUCAAUGCAGAAGAUUGUGAUAUUCGUCAACCUCGAACUCACAAACCCACACAUGCUGUAGGAGAUGACUUCCUGAACAGGUUUACAAGGAACGCAAACCUUGUUGCCUCAGGGGUAGCCAAGAACAUGCGUAGAGUGGGGAACUACAUGAAAGAGACCAUAGAUGAUAUUCUAUUCCCGUGCCGAAAGCGACCUAAGUGAUCUAUCUGUCCCGAAUAUUUGAAGACAAGUAGCCAGCAGUAAUGGGCUUCAUUCGGAAUCUGUGGUCUUCACUAAAUCACUUCCGUGCAUCUUUUCAUUUUAUUUUUUCAAUCAAAUAGCUGUCUUACUGUGAGUUAGACAGAGACUUGUUUCAUCCUUAGCUAUGAUCCGUAUGGAUAGGGUCAUCUAUUUUGAUCAUGUUGUCGAGCCUGCAUGGAGAGUGGGGGUUCACAAAAGUCUUCUUUGUAUGAUAGAACAAGCUUUUAGCUAUUCAAAAUUCUGCCAAUAUCAAUUCCAUAUUACAUUGUUGUUCAGCA